AUAUAAAUAACGUCAAAAACGGAGUUCGUAUGAGCGAGUUACAAAUUAUAGUAGUAUAUUUACGUAUUAAAAUAAAGUAUAAAUCAUGUAUACGUACACAUAUAUAUACAUAUGUAUAUAUCAUUAGAAAGGUAUCGACGAUGCGGUUAUUAUAAAACUAAUGUUGAGUUCUUUCGACAUUAGUUUAGUACAAAGAUCAUUAAAUCCAUUUAAAAUAGUAUUAUAGAGGGGUGUUUAGUUGUUUAUAUAACUAAAAGGUCAUUAAGUAAUUAUGGAGGGUAGUUUUUGAAAAUUCAAUUAGUAUAAAUAAGAGCCUUGGGCUCUCAUAUUUCUUGCACCAUUCUCUUGAUUCAAGAGUCUUUCUCUCCUUAUCCCCCGAGCAUUUCGGUCCCUCGUGAUUCGACUUCUCUUUCUGUAGUUUUAGUAUAGUAAGGUGAGCGCUGAAGCGCUGCACGAAUCUUUCUUAGAAAGAUUCAGCGACGAAGUUCUGCCCCUGCAGAGCCCGACUCCUAGCUAAAAUCCCCUUGAAAGUGUUGAUAUGAAGUCACAAUACACUGAGAGAUUUAAAGAGAUGUAGAUCACUAGUGUAAAUAAUUGUAAGUUCUGUUUAUGCUUAUGUUUCUGUAUUAACGAUGACAUCCCAAACGUUUUAAAAUGAAAUAAAUACGUUUCAUCGAAAAUGUUUUAAUAACGUAUUUACCAUGUUUUUCUGGGAAUAAAUUCCGCAACAUUUUUAUAAAAUGAAGUACUCUGAUUUUUAUAAAGCAUAAACAAAAUCGGUCUUUUCUGGCCGUGAAAAUGGGGAUGUCACAGUUGGUAUCAGAGCAUUACUUUAAGCGAACUAGGAAUAUGGAUUUAUUUCUAGACUUAAACUUAGAAUGCUAAGCGAUGAUUGUGAGGUGUGAGCACUAGCUUAUUUUAGGAAUUGUGCCUAAAAUGCUUUUAUGUGCUAAAUACUUGUGCCUGAUAUGCUGUUAGUUGUUCGGAUCUAUGGUUUGUUGCCGACCGGAUCUGGAAACCUUAUGUGUUUAGGAUUCUAAACGUACGACUACGAUAUUAGAACUAGCAUAUAAACGUUUCGGAGUGAUAAGGAUGAUUUAACCGUCAAUCCUAAGUAAAGAUCUGGAUUCACCUUAUUCGGUGUAUAGAUCAAGAUGGCAAGAACCCGUAGUGGAAACGUGAAUGCAAAUGGGAACGGACACCAACCCCCCGUGAUCGAGCAAAUACCAGUUGUGGAAGCCGCUGCCGGACCAAUAACGAUGGCCGGAGUGCAAGCGUUGAUCCAGGCAAUGUUGGAUCGUCAAAUGGAGGAAACUAGACGUUUGCUCCAGCAAAAUCGUGAGGAGGCCACUAUUCAGAUCGAACAGCCCGAGUUGAACGAAGGGCAGACUGAGGAAGGAAACUACAGUGGGACUGUUGGUCAAGUCAACCCACCAAUAGUUCGACAAAACAACCAAGAUGACAAAGUCGAGAGGAAUGGAUGCAAGUACAAGGAUUUUCUGACUUGCAAGCCAUCGACUUUCACUGGAAAGGAGGAUCCGAUCGGGGUCAUGGAUUGGAUCUCGGAGAUGGAGUUAGCCUUCAUGACAUGCGGUUGCAGAGGGAAGCUACAGACCACAUUUGCAGUGCGUCAGUUUCGAGGAAGUGUUGUACGUUGGUGGAAUACCUUGGGGAAGACUUUGAGCCCUAAUGAGCCCCUGCAACUGACAUGGGCAGAAUUUUUGGUGCAAUUCAAACGAAAGUACUGCUCAGCUCAAAACCUGCUUGAGCUAGAGAACCAGUUUCUAACCCUGAAGAAGGGAAGCAUGUCAAUCGAUGAAUACACGAACAACUUCACAGAAAAGAUGGAGUUUGCCUUGCGUCUUGUUCCGGAUGAGCUGACGAAAAUUGACAAGUACGUCAUAAUUUGA